AUGAAGUCCACCAACAUCAUCUCGGCCGCAGUUGCCACACACGGCGUGGUGAAUGCCGCGGCCUUGCCCAUCCCGCCGGAUGAGACGGCGAAGCAAGACUCUACCGUCGAAGAGUUCGACAACCCUGCGUGGUGGGGGAAGGAGAAGAGAGACUUGACGCCCUACAUGAUCGGGAGGCGAUCCACGGCCGCUGGCUGGUCGAAAAUUGUCGUUGAACACAAGAUCAUUGCCCUGUUCGCCAGGCUCGCCAUUGACGUCGGCACGAUCGAGAAGGACCUCAAGGGUGAUGUCGUAUCGGCGGCCAAGGCCAACUUUGUAUGUACAGUACAGGGCAUGUCUUUCUGCACCCCUGAGACCCCUAUCGACCCGGCCCGCGACAAUAACCCGGCAUCAGACGAGGCGCCGGCGCUCUCCAUCGCCUACGAGAAGCGUCUUUCCCAGCGGGCUCGUCGCUAG